AUGUUCCCCCGGAGCCUGCCUGGUUCCUGGCGCAGAGCGGGCCUCUAUCCGGGCCAGCCCCGCACACACCUGGCAGCGUGCUUUUGCUACUGUCAGCAAAUACAGCCACGUGGGAGGAAUGUUAGCGAAGCAUUUUGGACAUCGGGUAGAGUGUUGGAGAAGAGGCUGACACUCGUACUUUCACUGGCAACGCUGAUAGCUGCAUUUGGGUCAUCCUUUCAGUAUGGGUACAACGUGGCCGCCGUUAACUCCCCUGCCGAGCUCAUGAAAGCAUUUUAUAAUGAGACCUACUAUGAACGCAACGAUAACUACGUAAAUGAGUUUUCCUUGACAUUGCUGUGGUCUGUUUCUGUGUCCAUGUUCCCCUUUGGAGGCUUCAUCGGCUCCCUCAUGGUCGGCCCCUUGGUGAAUAAACUUGGCAGGAAAGGGACUUUGCUCUUCAACAACAUCUUCUCCAUUGUACCCGCGAUCUUAAUGGGGUGCAGCGAGGUUGCCCGGUCAUUUGAGAUGAUCAUUGUGUCCAGACUUCUGGUGGGAAUAUGUGCAGGUCUGUCUUCCAGUGUUGUCCCCAUGUACCUGGGGGAGCUGGCCCCCCAAAACCUGAGGGGGGCCCUGGGGGUGGUACCUCAGGUCUUCAUCACCGUCGGCAUCCUCGUGGCUCAGAUCUUUGGUCUUCGGAGCCUCCUCGCAAACAAAGAGGGCUGGCCGAUCCUCCCCGGGCUGGCCGGGAUCCCGGCGGCCCUGCAGCUCCUGUUCUUGCCCUUCUUCCCCGAGAGCCCCCGGGACCUGCUGAUUCAGAAGAAGGAUGAAGUAGCUGCCAGAAACGCGCUGAGGAGGCUGCGCGGCUGGGACGACGUGGGCUCGGAGGUGGAGGAGAUCUGGCAGGAGCAUGAGGCUGAGAAGGCCGCGGGCUUCAUCUCGGUGCUGAAGCUGUUCAGCAUGAGGUCCCUGCGGUGGCGGGUCAUCUCCAUCAUCAUCCUCGUGGGCGGCCAGCAGCUGUCGGGAGUGAACGCGAUCUACUACUACGCAGACCAGAUCUACCUGAGCGCGGGGGUGAACGACCAUGACGUCCAGCAUGUGACAAGUGGCACGGGGGCUGUCAACGUGCUGAUGACCAUCUGUGCCGUGUUCGUGGUGGAGCUCUCGGGGUGGCGGCUCGCUGUCUGCUUCACGGCCUGCUGCGCGCUCACGGCCGCUCUGGCCCUGCAGGACACAAUAUCCUGGAUGCCUUAUGUCAGCAUCGCCUGCAUCGUCUCCUACGUCGUAGGACACGCCCUUGGGCCCAGUACGUCCCACCCCGCGCUACUGAUCACGGAGACCUUCCUGCAGUCCUCCCGGCCGUCUGCCUUCAUGGUGGGGGGCAGCGUCCACUGGCUCUCCAACUUCACCGUGGGCUUGACCUUCCCCUUCAUCCCAGUGGGCCUCGGACCUUACAGCUUCAUCAUUUUUGCUGUGAUAUGUCUCCUCAUCACCAUCUACAUCUUCCUGGUUGUCCCCGAGACCAAGGCCAAGACAUUCAUGGAGAUCAAUCAGAUUUUCACCAAGAUGAAUAAGGUGCCAGAGGUGCACCCAGAGAAGGAGGAACUAAAGGACUUUCCAGUCUCUGCUUCAGGGCAUAACUCGAGCAGAGGAGCCUGCUAAACAGGUCUGCGUGGAGCUUCCCUCCCGGGCUUUCUGUCUGACCGACAGGUGUCUGUGAACCUCUGGAACUAGGACCAGCCCAGUGUGGAACGCAGGCCCCACUGGGACUGUCCAAAGGGCUUCUGUGCUGUCUCUCUCCAGACUGACCCACCACCAACCCUGACUCGCUAUGAGCAGGCACCCUUCACCAUGUGGGUUCGCCGUUGGAUGGCUCCUGGUAACAUGGGCUCUUAUGACAAAAGUCAUUACUACAGCGGCAGGACGGAAGGAACCCCUCUGGCCGGAGAAAUGAACUCUUCUGCAAUCCCAUGGGUCUGCUCGGGACCGGAGGCAUUCUUCCUCCUGCCAGAUCCGUCUCCAGAAAUACCAGCCCUGGAAAGUGUGAUGUCCCAAGUAAUGAUGUCUAAGAAGCUGGGGCAGGUCCCUGAGGAGACAUCAAUGAGUCAGAGAUUAUUAAUCGUGAAUUAUAUUGCUGGAGGACAAUGGCAUUACCUCCGUAUACUCAAUAAAGCACGUAUGAUCACUUCUCGCCAACACGUGCUUCUUUCCUGUGAGCAGGUAGAAGACAUGGGGCGGGGGUGCCUCCUUGCUCCUUCAAGCAGUCUGUGUUGGAGCAUCAGCCGCUCAAAGGGAAUCCCGCUGCCUAGAGCAGGGCCUGGCGUGGAGGAGGUGCUGAGACAGUAUUUGCUGGAAGAAAGGGAGCAGCGAGAGAUGAGGUGUUCACAGAGCGGUGAUUUUUUAAAAUUUAAGAUUGGGGCUCCUCUGCAUGUCUUCAGGUGCAUAGUGAACACCGAGGGGCCUUGAAAGUGAGAUGGGGAAGGGGGGCCGGGAGGAGGAGGGAUGCGUCCCCGCACAUAUGGCACAUACAGCAGAACUGGGGGCUUUUCUUAGAGACGUACGUGCACGCGUGUGUGUGUGUGUGUGUGUGUGUGUGUGUGUGUGUGUGUAUGGGACAGGAUGCGAGAUCUGCUCCCGGGCAUGAAGGAGGCAGAGCCAGGGGCCGGGUGGGACAGAGGUAGGAUUAGGAGCAGCCUUUGUAGGGGUGGAAUGGGGAUCCCACAGGUGAUGAAUUAAAUAACUCA